AUGUUCGUGGCGCACCAGGCCCGGCCUGACCCAUUGGGUCCUCACAGGCCCAUGUGUGCCGACCACUGGCACUUCUGGGCCUCGUCGAAAGAGGCCACAGGUGAGCGCCUGGCCACCCUGCUGGUCACGCGCGCCGCCGCCGCCUUCUUCCUGGAUGGCCGCGCGGAGGACACGCUGCGGGAUCUGCACGACGCCUUCCGCGAGAGCCCCUCCGCCGUGCGCCGGCAGUUCCAGGCCGUGCUGUCCAUCCAGGACCAGGAGCGCGUCCGGGCCCAGGCCCAGGAGGCCGCGGAUGGGCUUCCCCGCUUCCAGGAGGCCGUGCGGAGCCGCCCCGAGCUCCGCGAAGACGCGGAUCGUGAGCUGCAGGCACCGGUGACCUGCGCGCUCCGAAUCCUGCUCCGUGUGGCACUGGCCAGGGCCCAGCCUACGCUGGGCACCCACCUGGCUGUUCCGGAUGUCAGGGCUCUGUGCGAGCGCCUGCUGCAGCCCCCUAGCCCUGGGGGCGCCGCCGAGGACCACGCCGGGGAGCGCGCACUGCUGCUGGCGCAGAGUGGCUUUUGCGCGCUGCACGCCAGGGACGCCCAGGGCGCUGGGGAGGACUUCCCUGCGGUGGUGGAGCAGGGGGCGCCACACCUUGGCAGCUGCGUGCUCGCUUGCGGCCGCGGGCUGUCGCAGGUGCUGGCCAGCAGCGCCUUCCUGGGCACUUUGGACUAUGUCACCGCGUGCGGGCUUUGGCCAAAGGAAGCGCUGUUGGCCACCAAGGCCUUCGUGCCCUGGAACCAGCGCGGGCUGCUGCUGAUCCUGCUGCGGGAGGAGGGCCGCCGGAUGCUGCAGCGCCUGCUCCCGCCCCGCGCCGAGCUGUCGAAGCCAGGCUGCGGGACCCGACAGCAGCGCGGCCCAGAGUGGGAUGCCCGCGGUGUGUACCAGCUGGCCUCGCUGCUAAUGGAGCUGGACGUGGAGGAUGAGGCUGCAUGCCUGCUGGCCGCCGAUGCCCUGUACCGCCUGGGCCGCCUGGAUGACGCUCACAGGACCCUGUGGGCAGCCCUGACACAGAGACCACCUACAGCCAUGGUGCUGGUGCAGCUGGUGCUGCUGCAGCUGCGCAGGGGCUUCUACCAUGACCGGCUCCCCCUGCAGCUGGUGAAGAGGCUCAUCCAGGCCAGGGACACCGCCUGCCUGCAGCCCACCUUGGAUGUCUUCUGCCCCAAGGACCUGCAGCUGCUCCAGGGCCACUGCCACACUCGGGCCCUGGCCAUCCUGUGGGCAUGGCCAGGCGCAGCCAACAGCAGGGCCUGCACCAGGGAUGCCAUCACCUAUCUCUCUCUGGCCAUCUUCGCUGCAAGGAGCCAGGCCAGUGAGUCCCUGCUUGCCCGAGCCAGCCGCUAUGGGCUCCUGGGCCAGAAGAAAACCGCCAUGUUCGACUUCAACUCCAUGCUGCGGGCCGAGCCAGGGAACGUGCAGGCUCUGUGUGGGUGGGCGCUUGUGCACCUGGCCCUGGGCCAGCUCCAGGAAGCCGUGGCCAACAGCCUCUCUGCCCUGAAGCUGGACCCGGCCGCUGUGGUGAGGCUCGACAUCCAGAGCCUCCUCGCGCAGGGCCUGCACGCUCACUGCCGGGCCCUGCUGAGCCGGCCCCUCCGGGAGGACGACGCCCAGGGCCUUCUGGCCGCUGGGGAGGCACUGGUCCAGAUGGACGGCGGGCAGCCCAGUGGGCACCUGCUGCUGGCCAACGCCCUCAUGGCGCUGGGCAGCUAUGAGGCAGCCGGUGCCCGUCUGCAGGGGCCCCUGCGCACCGCUCGGGCGUCCGUGGCAGCCAUGGUCGAGCAGGACGCCGCGGACCUGGACUUCCUGCUGUGACUGCUGGAGGCCUCCAAGCGACAAAUCCUCGCCCAGGCCGUUGCCCGGGAAGCCAAUGCCCUCCUGGACACGGGGCGGCCGUGGCAGGCGCUGGGCUUCUGCUCCCUGGCCAUGCUGGCCUGUGGUGGGGGUGCCUGCCACCUGCGCCUGCGUGCCACCUGCCUGGCCCAGCUGCAGGAAUGCGACCGAGCCCUCAGGGACCUGGACCAACUGCUCCAGGAGGGUGCAGGGGAUGGGGACCUCCCGUGGCAGGCAGAGGACCUCUGCUCCAGGGGCCGCCUGCUGCUGAGCCUGGGGGACGAAGUGGGGGCUGCAGCGGCCUUCAGCCAGGCCCGCACGCUGGCACCUGCCCCUACCCAGAGCAGCCUAUGGGGGCAGCUGGGCCGGACCCCCACCGUCUGCCUGUUCCUACACCAUGGGCAGCGCUGCCUGGAGCAGCAGCGCCACGCGGAGGCCUGGACAGCAGCCCAGAAUGGCCAACUGGUGGGCCCCAGCCACCGUGGCCUGAAGCAGUUGAAGGCCAGAGCCCAGAGAGGGGUGGACUCGGGCUGCCGGCUGCACUGA